AACUCUAAAUCCUCGAGUCCACACUUUGUGAGCUGUUCAUCAAUAUCGAAUUCCACCACAAUUACCUCUUCUAAACUCUCGCCAUUCUAUAGAUUUUGGAUAUUUGCUUGAUUAAGGGAGGUUGUAUUUUAUGGGAAGAAGUAGGUGGAGAAAGGACGAUUGAAUAAGAAGCAAAGAUGGCAUCACAAUCGUCGUUGUCGUCAAUCGACAAGGACAACUUGCUGAUCUCGCUGGAACCAACACCGCUUGCCGACGAACGGGAAUACUACGGAGUCAAGUCUGCUCGAAAUCUCAGUCAGAUUAUCCCCCAAAUCACACUAGAACGAGGAUCGUUCGCCAACGUCACCGAAGAGCGACUACGCAAAGAAAUACUAAAACAAUCAAAAUUCACAACGCCGACAUCACCAACCCACACCUCAUCCCCCACCGCCGCCGCCGCCAACUCGCCAGAAAAUGCCGACGACGACGACACUACCGCGGUAGCAGAAUUCUCAGAGACAGAGGAGCAACUCGCCAAAGACCGCGCCGAAAUCGUAAGACUGAUAAGUCUCGCGCAAAACGAAGCCGCCGUCGCGCUCGACUUUGUCUCGCUCCUGAUCUCCUCCGUCAAGCCCGCGGCGGGAACAACGUCCAUGUCGCCGCACCUGCGGAGUCAUGUCCCCGUGGGCUCGCUCGGCGCAGACAGGAUCAAAGCCACGCCGCAGCAGGACGACCACGACGUCUGCCUAGGCUGGAAAGUGCACGCGGUGACCGCUGCCGCCGACCGUCUAUCCAGCGCCGCGACCAGGCUCGAAGCCGAAGGAAAACGCGAACUCAGAUACUGGCAGCAAGUCCGCGACAUUGCGCUCAGCGGCGAAGUGCUUUCCAAGAUCCGAACACCAGACUACCGCGGCCUCGGCGUGCGCUACGGGUUCGGCGACGUGGGCUCGAAUUACAAGGAAAAAGGGAUCGCGACCCUGCGCCGGACAAAAGACGGGUCGAUCGUGCUCAAGACGGAGGGCGACAGACGGACAAAAGUACUCUCGGUCUCGGUCCAGCGAAAUUUACCUGGCUCCGACGCCGAGUUCACGACCACGGGAAAACACGCGACAGAUAUAAAUUACGACACGACGGAGUUCAGAAACGAGAUUAAACAGGCGCGCGACCUGUUGUUUGAAGAAGAACUGUUUUUCGAAAUCGCGAGAGAAACUAGACUUUUGGUUUCGCAGGGAAUCAUCUUUGAUUUCGGGGAUCGCGUCACAAUACCUAUCGAUACAAAUUGCAAAGUGCGCUUGGAGAUGAUCGAGCUCAGUAGCACCACACCCGACGAUUCAGAAAUGGACCUCGACUCCCCCCCCUCUCCCGACUCUGCGAUUGCAGAAGGCAUAAACUCAGCCCUGCACCUCCUACUCUCCAAGAUCCACCGGAAAAACCUAAAACAGCGACGCUCGAUCCCGCAACCGCUCGGAAGCAGAUCUGUCGCGACCGGAACAAAGUCCGAGAUCCUCGAGCCUCUCGUGCGCGCGCUAUCGGUUGGGAGUAUCAAAGAUGGACUGGCGGCGUUAUUGGGCGAGCUUAUUGCGUCGGUUAAAGAAGGAGAAUAGUCUAUUGUCUUUUUUGUGAUAUUAAUACGAUGACGUCCUUCAAACUGUGCCUUUUUUUACAAAACUGAUAUUUCCAAAACUGAUCUCUAAACUCAUUUCACUCUUUCCUCCUGUCGAUAUACUCGCACAG